GUUCUCAUGCUGGCUUGCGAGGCCUACGGCCCUCGCAACUUUGUGGCCUUGAUCCACUUCGGGGCUAAUGUACUCUGGCAGUUCCUGACCCUCAACGCAACGAUCGAGGAGGUUUUCAGGACCGUGGAUGUGAUCACCAUCAUGCCGCUUCUUUUCAGCGGCCUUCACGACAUUGCACCAGCGGAGCAGCACCUGCAAAUCCAAGUGAUGGGCAUCUCCACCUUUGUUCUGGCAUCUCUGGCAACAGUCUUCAUGCGGCAGUACAACUUACUGACGCAGGGGUUCGGCCUUGUGGCGUUUCUGUUCUGUUUCGUUCCGGCGCAGCGCGCGCUGGACCGAGCCUGCCAAGAAGCAGGGCAGAAGGCCUUGCUGCUGUUCCUCAUCUAUGCGCUCCUUUUCGUCCUACAUCUUUGGGGCGAUUCAAAGGCAAUCCCUGGCAUGAUGAACUUGACCGAGGACCUCCGUCGGAAGCAUGCGGGAACCACACUCGGAUUCCUGCUGAGUUUGGCAAAUCUCUACGACGUCGGGCACUGGUUCUGCGUUGCCUCGUACUUUGCGAUGGCGCCCUGCCGUCUAGUGUAG